CGCCCUCGGCGGGGCCGGGCGGAGCCGAGCGGAGCCGAGCCCCCGGUCCCCCCGCCCCGUUUCCCCGCGGGGCAGAGGCGGGGCCGCGGCCGUUGGGGCCGUUGGCGCUGCCCGGAGCCGCUGCGGGACGGGCGCCCGGCGGCAGAGCGCAACUGGCCUUGUCAGUAGAUUUGGCACUUAUGCCUGGAGUAGCAGACUGCACCAAGCCCGCUGCAUAAUCAGACAUUCCCAUCUAUCUUCAUCUACAGAAUCAGCACAAUGUUGGCAAGCGUGGAAGCACCUCGGCAGCAUUUUCCCAUCGUCCCUUCUUGCUCUAGAGAGAAAGAAAUGAUCUCUUCCUACUUGCUUUCCUUUCUGGGUUUUCCAGCGUUUUCUACAUGGUACUAGGAACCCUCAACUGCUUCUGUAUGGAGAGCAAGCUUCUGAGAGAAGACUUGCAUUAUCUCUUGCGUAGCUUCAAGUAUGACUUGACUGGGUUGCAUUCAUGGCUCUUGGAUGAUCUGGUGAACCAUGGAGCUCAAGGUAUGGGUGGAUGGAGUCCAGAGAAUUGUGUGUGGGGUCACCGAAGUCACAACAUGCCAGGAAGUUGUAAUAGCCCUUGCUCAAGCUAUUGGGCGCACCGGGCGCUACGCGCUGAUCGAGAAGUGGCGGGACACCGAGCGGCACCUGGCGCCCCACGAGAACCCCGUGGUGUCGCUCAACAAGUGGGGGCAGUACGCCAGCGACGUGCAGCUGAUCCUGCGCCGCACCGGGCCCUCCCUGAGUGAGAGGCCCACCUCGGACAGCGUGGCUCGCGUCCCUGAGAGGACUUUGUACCGGCAGAGCCUGCCACCCCUGGCCAAGCUGCGGCCCCCAAAUGACAAAGCCAUGAAGCGGAGGGAGCCGAAAAGGAAGUCCUUGACCUUCACUGGUGGGGCGAAGGGGCUAAUGGACAUCUUCGGUAAAAGUAAAGAGUCCGAGUUCAAGCAGAAGGUGCUCAACAACUGCAAAACGACAGCAGAAGAGCUGAAGAAACUGAUUCACCUCCAGACAGAGAAACUGCAGUGCAUUGAGAAGCAGCUGGAGUCCAAUGAGGUGGAGAUCCGGUACUGGGAACAGAAGUACAACUCCAGUCUGGAGGAAGAAAUCCUCAAGCUAGAGCAGAAGAUCAAAAGAAACGAAGUAGAGAUUGAGGAGGAAGAGUUCUGGGAAAACGAGCUGCAGAUUGAGCAAGAGAAUGAGAAGCAACUGAAGGAGCAGCUCCAGGAGAUGAGGCAGAGGAUCCUGGAAUGCGAGAGCAAGGUGAAGGACUAUGUGUCGCAGAUCCAUAAUAUGGAGAGUGGCCUCGAAGCGGAGAAGUUGCAUCGGGAAGUUCAAGAAUCCCAAGUGAAUGAAGAAGAGGUCAAAGAAAAGAUUGAGAAGGUGAAAGGUGAAAUUGAUAUUCAGGGCCAGCAAAGUUUACGGUUGGAAAACGGCAUCAAAGCUGUAGAAAGAUCUCUGGGCCAAGCUACCAAACGGUUACAGGACAGGGAACAAGAACUGGAGCAACUGACAAAGGAGCUGCGACAGGUCAAUCUCCAACAGUUUAUCCAGCAAACAGGAACGAAGGUCACGGUGCUGCCUGCAGACCCAAUUGAGGUGGAGGCCCCACAUGUGGAGCUCGAGAGAGAGCCAACGUUUCAGUCUGGGUCAUUGAAGCGCCCUGGCUCAUCGAGGCAGCUCCCCAGUAACCUUCGGAUUCUGCAGAAUCCCUUGUCGUCUGGUUUUAACCCGGAGGGCAUUUAUGUAUGACAGUAUAUACCUCUUCUGGAGAGGACCUAGCAAGGUACCCUGGACAAGAUACACUUUUGUUUUAUUCUGCCAAUGAUGAAUGGAAGAAGCUUUUUUCUGUUAAGCCACCAUAUUACUUUUUUCUUCCUCCAACACACCACUUGGAGCCAUACCCUGUGCACUGAUGCUAAAGAGACAGGAACUGUCUCAAUUCGUAAUUGGCAGUGAUGAACUUGCUGUCACACAGCUAGAGUGCAAAAACCUUCAUUUGUUUUUGCUACUUCAGAAGUGUUUGGGAAAGUAUUAUUCCGUGUAUAGGCAUAAAUAAAAGACUGAGGGUGAAGGAAACCAUG